AUGAGGUACGACGCAUUGAUCAUAGAUGGAAAAUUUGUAAGGGCUUCCAAAUAUCGUCAUGUCUAUGGACAAGCAGCAAAGAAGGAACUCUGUUAUGAAAAUCUCAAAAUAACCAAGAACGCAUGGGACUCGAAUAUCAUUCACUCUAAUGGUAAAUACAUUUCUGUCAAUUGGGAUGCUUCUGGGGGAGGUGCAUUUGCUAUAAUUCCUUUGGAAGAGGUCGGAAAAGCUCCAGACACUGUACCAUUGUUUAGGGGUCACAAAGCUGCAGUUUUAGAUACCGCUUUCGAUCCAUUCAACUUACAACGUGUAGCUAGUUGCUCAGAUGAUGGAAAGAUUUGUAUUUGGGAUAUUCCAGAAGGCUAUUCUUAUCAUAAAAACGUCGAUGAGAAUAAUAAUGUCAAAGAUGUUACUGAACCUGUCAAAAUACUCUCCGGUCAUACUAGGAAGGUAGGACACGUUGAAUAUCAUCCUUGUGCUCAGAAUAUUCUAGCAUCUUGCUCAAUGGACUAUACGGUUAAAAUUUGGAAUGUGGAGACAGGCAAGGAAGUUAUUACAUUGCCACAUAAGGAUAUGGUGACUUCAUUUUCUUUCAAUUAUAACGGAUCUUUGUUAGCAACGGCUUCCAGAGAUAAAAAGAUAAGGAUUUGGGAUAUUAGAGAACAAAAGGUUAUUUCGGAGGGACCUGGCCACACAGGAGCCAAGCCAUCUAGAGUUGCUUGGCUUGGUAAUACAGAUCGUAUUGUCACUACUGGGUUCUCCAAGUUAUCUGAUCGUCAAGUUGGUGUUUGGGAUAUUCACCAUAUUGAGGCCGGCCCAAUAGAUGGUUUCAUGGUCAUAGACUCUACUUCAGGUGUAUUAAUUCCGAUUUUCGAUGAUUCUACAUCGAUCUUGUUUUUAGCGGGAAAAGGAGAUGGAAACAUUCGUUAUUAUGAAUAUGAUAAUGAUGUUCUUUACGAAUUAUCUCAAUAUAGCUCUACGGACCCUCAAAGAGGCUUCUGUGUAACACCCAAGAAUAAGGUAAACGUCAAAGAGAAUGAAAUAUUGAGAUCAUUCAAAACUGUGAAUGACCAAUUUAUUGAGCCAAUCUCUUUUAUUGUUCCACGCAGAUCUGAAUUAUUUCAAAGUGAUAUUUACCCAGAUUGCCCAUCAAAUGAACCCGCUUUAUCUGCAGACGAAUGGUUGGGAGGGAAGACAGUGAACGGUCCUUUACUAAUGAGUAUGGAAUCUUUGUAUGAAGGUACCACUCCAUCUAUCAGAGAAUCUGGGCCUGCUACUGUGAUAUCAUCUGCAAAAGAAGAAGUUGCUAAGAAAAAGGAGGAUGAGCUUUCCAAAAAACAGGAACAGAAAGAGACUGAGUCUAAAACUAAGUCUAAAGAGGUUGUAACCAAUGAGGUUCCAAAAGAAAAAAGCGAAGAGCCCAAGAAUGUGGAUGAUGUUUUAAAAUCUUCCGAAAAGGUGGAUGAUAUGCUUAAUAAAGUGAUUGAGAAAUCUGAUGACGAGGAUGCCUUCGACAACAAAUCUGACGAGGAUUGGGAAGAAAUCAAAGAGCCUGUAGUCAAGGUAAAUGUUGAAACACCACCGAAAGAUAAACCUGAAUCCUUAAAUGCAAUUGAUGAAAUACCAAAUGCAAAGGAGAACACAAAGACAAAGGAGAAAAUAGAGCUGAACCCUAAAAGAUCUACUCAGACCGACGAUAAGUCUAGCCUGCUCGUUACUUCGCAAUCUUCCAAGGAAAGUGCACCUGCCUCCUCGACUACGUCUUCGAAAACGACUACCACAACUCCUACAUUGAAGGCUACUGUAGAGAAAUUGGCGAAUUUAGUUGAGAAAAUGGAGGCGCAAAUAACGAAGCUAGAAGAUGCAAAUAAUGAAAAAGAUUCGAAGCUCGAUGCACUUUUGAAAAAAGUUGAGGAUUUAAAUAAACAAUGA